AUGGCUCCGAUAACUCUGCGCCCACCAACGUUCUCGUCCGCUUCACAACCGGCGACGUUCCAACCCCCGACGAUCCCGUGGCUCGCAGAGACAUGGCACGUAACUCAUUCCACGCUGCCAUUGUGGAAGGACAAGAAGAACGUUCGCAUUCAAUACACGCCACUGGAGCCGUCUUUGCCUUCCGUCGCAAAGGAUCAAACCGACCGAAUCGAUGAUCUUGUCACAUAUCAAAAAGCAAAUUCGGACAAGGUCAAUGAGAUCCGAGGUGUUGACAAGGCCGCCAAUACCGACAGCAGAGGCGAAUGGGACUGGAGAGGAAAGGGCUGGCUCAUGAUUGCGAGCAGUCACUGGGAGAUUCUGGGAUGGGGCGAGGAAGAGGGCACCAGCAACAAAUGGAUGGCCACCGUGUUUGCGAAGACAAUGUUCACACCGGCGGGUAUGGAUAUUUACUCCCAGGCUAGGACGGGUGUCAAGCCCGAGACUCUUGCUGCCAUCAAGGAAGCCUUGGCCAAAGUCGACGAUGCGAGUGUGAAGAAGAUGGCGGGAGAGGUGUUCGAGAUUAAGAGCGACGAGAGUCGCAAAGAUUGA